GCAGAAGAGUUUGUCUCUUUAAACUUGCCUGUCUGGAAAUGCAGCAGCAGCAACAGCGGCAGCACAGACCCAAGAAUGGAAACCGCGUCUCCUGAAAUAUGCUGAAGCGCAGAUAUUUUGUACGUGUUGGGUUUGGGUGAGGAAAGCACCAAAAAGACGCGAGGAGGAGCUGGAGCCUCCGGGGCUGCGCUCAUGUGACCGGUGGCGGCUGAGGGCUGGGGCUGCCCAGAAAUAGCCGCAGCUGCUUUCCUUGCUCUGUGCAAGUGGUAGCGCGAGGGAGAUUGGCUUCUCCGAAGGAUGCGAAGCCGCCAAGCCCCAAGCAGAUGAUGGCGAUACGAGAGCUGAAAGUGUGUCUGCUUGGAGAUACUGGAGUUGGCAAAUCUAGUAUAGUUUGUCGAUUUGUUCAGGAUCAUUUUGACCACAAUAUUAGCCCCACUAUUGGUGCUUCUUUCAUGACUAAAACUGUGCCUUGUGGGAAUGAACUUCAUAAAUUUCUGAUCUGGGAUACAGCAGGGCAAGAACGGUUCCAUUCAUUGGCACCAAUGUAUUACCGUGGGUCGGCAGCAGCUGUUAUAGUAUAUGAUAUCACCAAGCAGGAUUCAUUUCAUACACUGAAAAAAUGGGUAAAAGAACUAAAGGAACAUGGUCCUGAAAACAUUGUAAUGGCCAUCGCUGGAAACAAAUGUGAUCUUUCUGAUAUUAGGGAGGUACCUAUGAAAGAUGCCAAAGAAUAUGGAGAGUCUAUAGGUGCAAUUGUUGUUGAAACGAGUGCCAAGCAUGCAAUUAACAUUGAAGAACUCUUUCAAGGAAUCAGUCGACAGAUUCCACCCUUGGAAACUCAUGAAAAUGGCAACAGUGGGACGAUAAAACUUGGAAAGCAGACUGCACAAACAACUAAGCGGUGUUGUUAAACCAACUCAACCUGGUUUGCAUUACUUGAAAAAAGAAAAGAAAUCAUUUGCUUAUUUAUUGAGCUACAGACUUCAGAAACUCAAUGACAGAACAUCUUGUCUAAAAGCAAUAAUAGUGCUUUUAUUGGAAUUGUAGGAGAAAGGUCUUGGAUCUGCACAAUUAAAAUGGACAAUUCAUUUUAGCAAUAAACUGUUUAAAAUAUUGA